ACGGGAGAGAGAUAGAGAGAGAGAGAGAGUGUGUAGCUGGCAGUGCUGGGAGGGUUCUAGUUGAUGUUGUUGCUCCUGGGCCGCAGGCUUUCGCUGUCAUUCGUACACAGACUCACCACCUGCUGUCCACCAUCACUGUCGAGUUCCGCACUAGCUAAUAAAAGCAAUAGAGUCCCGCACAACACCGUCUUCGUCCGCGCGGCCAGACAACAUACAGUAACCAUGCCCGAGCGGAGGCCCUUCGUACGGUUACCAACUGACGUUUACCCCGUCAACUAUGGCUUGUGUCUGAAGCCCGACCUGAUCGACUUCACGUUUGAAGGCAAGCUGGAGGCUGUGGUGGAGGUUACACAAGCCACUAAUCAGAUCGUGAUGAACUGUGCUGACAUCGACAUCAUCACAGCUUCCUUCGUACUACAGGGAGGAGAAGAAAUCAAUGCCACAGGAUUCAACUAUCAAAAUGAGGACGAGAAAGUCACCCUGUCAUUUCCUAGCUCUUUACAUAAAGGCUCUGGCUCGUUGAAGAUAGACUUUGUCGGGGAGCUGAAUGACAAAAUGAAGGGAUUCUAUAGGAGUAAAUAUACAUCCACUGCUGGAGAGAUCCGCUACGCUGCUGUCACACAGUUUGAGGCCACGGACGCUCGCAGAGCUUUCCCCUGUUGGGAUGAGCCGGCCAUUAAAGCCACCUUUGACAUCUCUCUGAUAGUUCCCAAGGACCGUGUAACCUUGUCAAAUAUGAAUGUCAUUGAUCGAAAGCCAUAUCCAGAGGAUGAAAACCUCGUGGAGGUGAAGUUUGCCACCACGCCCAUCAUGUCCACAUACCUUGUAGCGUUUGUCAUCGGUGAAUAUGACUUCGUGGAGAGCCAAUCAUCAGACGGCGUAACGGUACGCGUCUACACGCCUGUCGGGAAGGCAGAACAAGGGAAAUUUGCACUGGAGGUUGCGACUAAGACCCUACCUUUCUAUAAAGACUAUUUCAACGUUCCCUAUCCAUUGCCUAAAAUCGAUCUCAUAGCUAUUGCUGAUUUUGCUGCUGGUGCCAUGGAGAACUGGGGCCUUGUUACCUACAGGGAGACGGCACUGCUAAUCGACCCCAAGAACUCGUGCUCGUCCUCCAGGCAGUGGGUGGCGCUGGUGGUCGGACACGAACUCGCCCACCAGUGGUUCGGAAACUUGGUCACCAUGGAAUGGUGGACCCAUCUGUGGCUUAAUGAGGGAUUUGCGUCCUGGAUCGAGUAUCUGUGUGUGGAUCACUGCUUCCCAGAGUACGACAUCUGGACCCAGUUUGUCUCAGCCGACUACACCCGAGCUCUGGAGCUGGACGCGCUGGACAGCAGCCAUCCCAUAGAGGUGAACGUGGGCCAUCCGUCAGAGGUGGAUGAAAUCUUUGACGCCAUCUCCUACAGCAAAGGAGCAUCUGUGAUCCGCAUGCUGCACCACUACACAGGAGACGAGGACUUUAGGAAAGGAAUGAACGCCUAUCUUUUGAAGUUUCAACACAAAAAUGCUUCGACAGAGGACCUAUGGGACUGUCUGGAACAGGCCAGUGGAAAGCCAAUCGCUGCAGUGAUGAGCUCGUGGACCAAGCAGAUGGGCUUCCCCAUAAUAGAAGUGGACCAGGAGCAGCAAGGUGACGACCGCAUCCUCAAGAUAUCUCAGAAGAAGUUCUGUGCCAGCGGGCCAUAUGAUGGUGAGGACUGCCCCAACUGGAUGGUCCCCAUUAGUGUUUGUACCAGCGAGGACCCCAAAUGCACCAAGCUCAAGGUUCUGCUGGACAGACCCGACACGACCAUCACCCUGAGCGGCGUCGCUCCUGACCAAUGGGUCAAGAUUAACCCCGGCACCGUGGGCUUCUACCGCAUCCAGUACAGCUCAUCCAUGCUGGAGAGCCUGCUGCCCGGCGUCAGAGACCUCAGCCUGCAGCCUGUGGACCGACUGGGCCUGCAGAACGACCUCUUCUCCCUGUCCCGCGCAGGGAUGAUCAGCACGGUGGAGGUGCUGAAGCUGAUGGAGGCGUUCGUCAACGAGCCCAACUACACAGUGUGGAGCGACCUCAGCUGCAACCUGGGAGUGUUGUCCUCGCUGCUGUCCCACACCGACUUCCACGAGGAGAUCCAGGAGUUCAUCCGGGACCUCUUCACCCCCAUCGGCCUGGAGCUCGGCUGGGACUGCAAACCGGGAGAAGGCCACCUGGACGCCCUGUUGAGAGGUCUGGUUCUGGGGAAGCUUGGGAAAGCAGGACACAAGCCCACACUGGAGGAGGCCCGGCGGAGAUUCAGGGACCACGUGGAGGGAAAGCAGAACCUGCCUGCAGACCUCCGGAGCCCGGUGUAUGUAACAGUGCUGAAGCAUGGAGACAGUGCCACAUUGGAAACAAUGCUGAAGCUCCACAAACAAGCCGACAUGCAGGAGGAGAAGAACCGGAUCGAGCGAGUCCUGGGCGCCAUCUCCGCCCCCGACCUCAUCCAGAAAGUCCUCAGCUUCGCGCUCUCGGAAGACGUCCGUCCCCAGGACACGGUGUCAGUAAUCGGGGGCGUGGCAGGAAGCAGUAAACAAGGGCGGAAAGCUGCCUGGAAGUUUGUCAGGGACAACUGGGAGGAGCUUUACAACCGUUACCAGGCCGGCUUCCUCAUAUCACGGCUCAUCAAGCUCACAGUUGAUGGAUUUGCAAUCGACAAAAUGGCUGCUGAAGUGAAGGUGAGAGGGCUUAUUCCUGGAAGUUGUUUCUUUUAA